AUGGAGUCCUCUCUACAGGCCCGCCCUCAUCCUCCCCAACCCGACAAGCACGCCAACCUCGCCUUCGUGCCCUUUUGGGCCCGCAGCGAAGUGCAGUACGCGAAGAAUCUGCUCGACUACUCGCCCGAGCCGAUCGAAUACGUGCACCAAGACGACGACGGCUGGGACAAUUGCUUCUUCUUCCCGGAAGACUGCGCGCGAGCCCCAACACCGUUUCUGUCGAGCAGCUGCGAGACGGACACGGAUUCGCACACUAGUACUACUACUACUACUACUUCGACGAAUCCAAGUGAUGCAGACAGCGCUUCGGAAGACAAGAUGACAGCGCUACCAGAUAUUCGCAUGCUCGAUUCCGAGGCUCUCGGGGAUUUAUUGGAGGAUAACCUGAGCCCACCGGAAAUCACUUCUAUUUUAAUAUUUGCUACCAACGGUGCCAUCUUUGCAUACGCCUCCGAGCUCCCCAUCCGCCAACUCCGCACCCUGAGUGCCACGUACGGCGCGGCCUAUACAUCGUUUGCGAAAACGUCUACGUCUGGGAACCUGACAGGCGUCAACCCGGCCAGCCACCCGUCGUCGUUUGUGACUGCGCCGUCGGUCUCGCUGGGCGACGUCGGGUCGAUUGUUUUCGAGCAGGAUAACCGGGUAGCCAUUGUUACGCGAAUCGGCGACAAAGUGGUUCUCGCGGUUGUCGGUCCGGCCAAGGUGGAAGAAGAGACGCCAGAGGAUGUACAUGAUAGUACCACUGUCACCAGCAGUGCUGCAUCGGGAACAGACGAAACCACCAGCAAGACGGAGUCCACAACCGCAGAAACCACAACAACGGCUACUACAACCACAAUCAACGACGGUCCAUCAUCCGCCCCAACAUCUCAACACUCCCAAACCACAGGCUCAUCAUCCACCGAAAGCGGCGGCGGUGGUGAGACAGAUAAACUCUUGGAAGCACAGUAUGAAGUCGACCGCAGCAACGAUCUCGCGCGCCUCGCAGGGCUGAAUCUGAAUGCAUCGCCAGAGAUUCUCCUAGCGCUAGAAUCGAAAUCGGCAGCGUUGGGACGACCAGAUGACUCACGGAUGUAUAAACAUUCCAAACAACACCAUAUUAUUCAUCCAUUUCAUUCCAUUUAUUUAAAAAAUAAAAUAAAAAUAAAAAUGAUCCAGCACGACCCCAUCACCGCAGAACCCUACAUCCGCCUCCCUCCUCCACUAUCACACAUCAUCCUAACUCCUCCACGCCUGCUUGACCAUACCGACGAUUCACCUUCUACAUCAGACAAAAAUGAUGACACCGAAAAUGAAAGGGGAACUCCACCACCCGCAGAUAUAUCAUCCAUAACAACCGCCCUGAACGACCCUCGUGUCUACCUUAAUCUCGAGGGCCCGCCAUACCCAUACUUUGACUCGCACGCCGCAUCCAUCAUUCGCAGCGGCUACUUUGAGACACAGCGUAUCUUGAAACGUGCAGAAGGGCAGCAAGACGGGGAAUGGGUUGAUGGAUGUCCGUUUCGCGAUAUCCGCGAUACAUCCAUAUCAACUAGUAAUGAAAGUAGUGAAAGUAGUACUAGUACUAUAGCGCAUGCACUCAAAAUCGGCGAUUUCAGAAUCGCCCGGUAUGCAUUCUACGAAUUCCCACAUGGCAGCGACCAGCGACGAGACGCGCGCAUGCGAAAUGAGGCGUUACCGGCGGGUGAUGAAGCUGUUGAAUGGGGUGUUGGCUUCUGGCUCGCGCCAUCCCAUCACAGACAAGGAAUCGCGAGCGCCGCGCUGCAGAGCGUCAUAUCCGAAUGGGCGGUUCCGCGCAUGAAUACAUGCACAAUCGGGGCUUGUGCGUUUGCAGGGAAUGAGGGUUCGGUGCGGACGAUGGAAAAGUGUGGGUUUGUGUUUCAACAGACGAUUCCCCAGGGUAGUGCUGAAUUGCCAGAGGCCAAGGGGGGUGGGAGGAGGGAUUUGCAUUUGUUGAAGUGGAGGAAAGAAUAG